GUGCUUUGUGAAUGGCCACCUGUAGUCUUCUGGGACCUGUCCCGUGUCUGCAGUCUCUGGUCAUCUCCUGUACUAUGUCCACAGUCUCUGGUCAUCUCUUGUACUAUGUCCGCAGUCUCUGAUCAUCUAUGGGAUUAUGUCUAUAUCCUCUGGUCAUCUCCUGUACUAUGUCCGCAGCCUCUCUUGUCAUUCUCCUCUUGUACUAUGUCCGCAGUCUCUGGUCAUCUCUUGUACUAUGUCCGCAGUCUCUGGUCAUCUCCUGUAAUAUGUCCUCAGUCUCUGGUCAACAGUCCUGUAUCUGUAUAUGUCCGCAGUCUCUGGUCAACUCCUGUACUAUGUCCGCAGUCUCUGGUCAUC